UCUGUUUUUUAAUGUGGCUACUAGAAAUGUAAAGUUAUACAUAUGUCUUAUACUUGUCACUCACAUCUUAUUUCUACUGGACAGAUAGGUCAGGGAGGUAGGUAGGAGCCAGAUCAUGUCAGGCCUUAGAGACCACAGUGAGGAUUAAUGUUUUUUAUCCCACGGGUAAUAGGACCAUUAGUGAGAUUUAAAUAGGGAGUGACAUAUGAGAAACAGAUUGCAGAAAGCAAGAGUGAAUUCAGAAAAAUCAGUCGAGACUGAGGUGGAGGGAAGGUGAGGCAGGUUGUGUGUGCUGAGACUGGAGUCAAGAAGGGCCAGGGGUUCAGUCAUGACAAUUGGAAAGGCCUCAGGCUAAAGUAUUUGCUACUAGUUGGGACAGUCACUGUUCAUUUCUGGCAUGUGAAUUAUGCCAAGAAAUGUUCAGAGAAAAGUAAAAUGUUUUAAUUUUCUAACAUAUCCUCAGAGAUACUUAUGAUGAAUUAAAAUGCAUAAACAACAGAUUUGGAGGAGUAAUUAUCAAGAAGAAAACCUUACAGCCAGAAGUUUGCAAACUAUCUCAUGAAAGAAAUGCCAUAGUGUUAGCCUUUGUAAAGUACUUUUCAAGUUGAUUCAUUUCUCUUUGAUUUUAGAUUUUGUAAAAUGUUCCUUUUCAUUAAAAAUUUUUAAAAUCACAUAUCCAAGUUGCCUAUUGCCAGACAGACAGCUAAAUUGAAGAGACUGACAACGGAGACAGAAGAAAAAUUUCUUUCACAAAAUCCUGGCAAACAACAUGAUCGCUGUUUAUGACUCAAGAGCACACCAAGAACAUCAGAAAUGACCAGGAAGACUGUCAUUUAAAAAAUCAACUUGGAGGAGGAGGCCAAUGCAAAGAGGUGUAGGAGGGAUUUCAGACCAGAGAAAAUCCAGGAAACACUUGCAGAAACCAUUCGGAGCACCCUUUCCCUGGCAGUGCACAGAAGAUCGGCUAGGAGAUGAGCGCAUCUUUGAAUUAUAAGUCUUUUUCCAAAGAGCAGCAGACCAUGGAUAACUUGGAGAAGCAACUCAUCUGUCCUAUCUGCUUAGAGAUGUUCACAAAACCCGUGGUUAUUCUCCCCUGUCAGCAUAACCUGUGUAGGAAAUGUGCCAGUGAUAUUUUCCAGGCCUCUAACCCGUAUUUGCCCACAAGAGGGGGUACCACUGUGGCAUCAGGGGGCCGGUUUCGCUGCCCGUCCUGUAGACACGAAGUGGUUCUGGACAGACAUGGGAUAUAUGGCCUUCAGAGGAACCUACUGGUGGAAAAUAUCAUUGACAUCUACAAGCAGGAGUCCACCAGACAUUGUUUUCUCAGAAAAUCUUUCUCCAAGGGAGUCCUUCCCAAUGUGAGAAUUGCUCAUGGAAGGAGAAGGCAGCUGGUGCCCAAGGCCUUCGUAUCGAUUUAAGAAUGAAGUAAUUCAUUGGCACUAAUCCAUUCGGUAAUACGGAAAGAGGCAUACUGCGGCCCA